AUGUCACUUUUGAAUCUCAUAUUUUUCGCUAUUAUCCCUAGCGCUUACGCUUUCAGUAUCGGAGUGAGUGAUAAAAAUGUAACGAAACGUGCAGCGAAUGGCGAUUUAUUCCCAGAUUGGGUGCCCUUCAAGAAUAAACAUGGAGAUGAACUUGGUGAGUUUUUGCCCGUUACAAAAGGAAAAGUUAAGAAACGACUGGCCCCACCUAUCAAUUUUAUACUACGAGCGGUAGCUGAACCGGAUAAUGAUGAUUAUUACGAGAAAGGUCAAGGCGAAAGCGACAAUGAAGAUUAUUUUGAAAAGAAAGAAUGGUCAGACUUAAACAGGCCAGCGGAACACGUCGAACCAAAGAAAGUUAUUAGCCACAACAUCUCUGACAUAGAUGGCAUAGUUAAUAUUAUAACAAAACCUAUUAAUGAUCCUCUUCUGAGACACCUUGAACGACGUAAUAAAGAAAAGAAAGCUAAGGAAAUAGUUAGCAACAGUCAAGAAUCUACGAGUAAAGAAGAUGUAAAUCUUGAAACAAAGAAAGAAAACGCAAAUAUCCAGCCAUCCAGUGAAGAGACAAAAGAAGAAAAACGUCCCCGUAGGUAUGAAGAUGAUGUUGAAUAUGAAGAAGAAAGUGAGGAGACGCCAAAGCUUGAAAAACAGGCAAAUAACCCCGUUUCCAAAUCUAUUGAAAACAAUGAAAAGGAAGUUAAAACUCUUGUAAAUAAUAAAAAUACUGAAAAGGCUGAAACAAAAAAUGAAAAAGAAGAUAUAACUGCCAGUGAGGAAACUAAAGAAGAAAAGGUACCUCGGAAACAUGAAGAUGAUAUUGAGUACGAAGAAGGAAGUGAUGAAAAGCAAAAAUCAGAAACGGAGAAAAAGCCUGAAACAACGGGAAAGUCACAGUUGAGUGAAGAAGAGAAACGAGAAAAUGAAGAAAAAAAAGCUAAAUUGUUAAAUAGUGUAGAUGAAUUAAAAGAACGGCAUGUGAAAGAACAACAAGCUAUAUCUGAAAAACUAAAAGAAGAAGAACUGUUCAAAGAGGACUUUGAAAGAGAUAAGCUAGAUUCCAGUGAGGAGCACGAUAAGUACAAUAGAAACUCACGCUGGAAGAAACCUGAAUACGACGAAUACGAUGAAGGAGAAAUAUCAUUGCAAGAUAAGUACGGCGUCAAACAAGUUAUAGAAACAACAACAAUAAAACCAACCAAAAAAUCAAGACAACGCAAGUCCAAAAAAGAGAAAAGUAUAGCCAAUGGAAAGCUGUCCGUUUUUAGAAACCCACAGUUGUAUAUGGUGGCCGACGAAGAUGACGUCACCACGGUUAAACCAAGAUCUACUCGUCCUGAAAGGUUUUCUUCAAAAUAUUCAGCUGACGACGAAAGUGUAAGAAUAUCCUUGGUUCCAUCAGAUGGUAAUUACAAAGACGGGGAGCCGACACGCUUCUUCCCGAAAAAGAGGAAGAGUAAGAGAAAGAAGACAACAGCUCAACCGACAGAGAAGGCAACAGAUGCCACUACUGCUGAAGCAACUGCGACUGAUACGACAGCAGUUGACGCGCUUUCGUCGGCUUCGAAUACAGCACCUUCUGCCGCAGACUCUGGCCCUUCAGAAUUUGAUACAACAGCGUCAGGACCAUCAGCGACUGACACUUCAGCCUCCGGCACGUCCACUUCUGACGCGAAAGAGGAAUCUACACAUGCAGCAAUCAAGCAGGAACAAAAAGGGAAUCAAAAUUACGAACAUAAAAAGGGCGGCGGUCGAAAACAUGAAUCCGAGCAUUCAGAAGAACAUGAAGAACACGGAAAGAAGUCUUACGAGACGAGAGCUAGAGAGAUACAGACAUUGGAAACAUGGAAACCGGACGAAAACACUCUUUUACAAUACUUUAUCAAGCUCUUGCAAAGACAAAUGAAACCGCAGUAUGAGCUUGACGGUCUCCACGAAGACACGAAGACCAGCAAAGGUCAUCACGACAAAGAAGACCACCACAAGAAGUAUAAAGACCAUGGAGGUAUAGAUAAGCAUCACCAUGACGAGAAAGAACAUUAUGGGGACCAUCAUCACGAGGAACAUGGAAAAAAACAUGCUAAAUACGAGGAAUCUGGAAAACAUUCGAAAGGACAUAGCACGAAGGGAAGCCAUGAUAUUCACAAGAAAGAAGAGUAUGAGAAGAAAGUAGAGUUCUUCGAAGAAGAGGGCGAUUCUGACGAAGAAGAGAAGUUUGGUGGACAUCAUAGUGAGAAAGAACAUUCUUCGGGCGGUCACUACAAGAAAUCCAAUUUAGAAGCGGCCCACAAAGGUCAGUCGAAGGGUGAGACAGGACAUUUCCUUAAGGACGGCCAUCAUCAACUGCAAAAGGGCCACCGAGCAGCCGGCGGCCACAACCACCACGCUCAUGGUGACAAGCAGCGCCAUGUAAGUGGUGACAAGAAAAGUGGUAAGAAAUGGGUUUACCACCACGGGUACCCAGCCAAGACAGCCCAGCUGGUCCUCAUAGAUCGACGCGGAGAUUAUCAGCAUGGUCCGCAGUACUUUGGAUAA